AUGAUUAGACUUUUCUCUUGUCGUCCACUUCGAGCACGAUUCAAUAGUGAUGGUGACGCGGGUUGGGACUACCACACGGUAGAUUUGAGUAUUCACACGCCAACCUACUCCGUCAAGUACCUUGGAUGUGAACGGCUUUGUAGUCCCGGUGUUUCUGAAAUUUGCGACACUGUUAAAGCCAUUUUCGCCUCCAAGAAAUCCACGCUGAAAUCUCUAGACCAUUACUCGCUGAAAUUGACUAAACAGGAGCUGUCUUUGCGCGACAGUGACAGCACCGAAGACGAGGAAAAAGUAUUCUUGUUGCGGAAGAUUCGAUUCUCCGGUGUGUAUAAAGCGAAUCAGAGAGUGUUCUUCUUUACAUAUCAGUUCGGAACGAAAGCCGAAGUGUUGGAAUGCAACGCCGUGUUGUGCAAAAACAACAACGAAGCGAAGAGCUUGGCCAAGGUUAUUAAUAAGGCUUUCGGGGACGCUCGGAGCGAAUUUCAUCAACAAGAAGUGGCGAAUCGACGGCUUCAUCACGAGGGAUUGAGCGAAAAUAGCAUGUCUGCUCUGCAUGUUGACGUGAUUUCAAAUGUGGAUGCAAACAGACUGUAUUAUAAUAUGAAUGUUUUUAAGAAUUCUAGGAGUAAUUCGGCGGCUAGUGCGAUUAGCAGCCGAGGUCGCACUCCAGACAGACUUAAACAAAGCAACCAAUCUUGUCACUUGGGCGCGAGCAUCGAAUGGGAGAGAACGGAGAGCUCGCAAGAUACGAGACAAAGCGACGUUGAAAAGACUUCAACAAGCGGCGAGUUAUUUGGUUGUACUUGCGAGAAAGAAUGUCUCCUUAAAGAAGACGAAAAACCGGAGGAAACGACCGAGGUUAUUGAAAAACCCCCUGAACAAGAAAACUUGACUGAAACAGUCAAUGAACCGGCAUUUGAAAUGGAAAUUAAACAUUCUCCGAGCAGCUCGUCGAUAGAAGAAGAAUUGACAGACGUUGAGAAUACAUGUACAGACGGACAUAAUUGCGAAAGAAGUUGUGACUGGUCUUCAGUAUCGGGACUCGAAGAAACGGAGAUAUAA